GACAGUAAAUGAAAUAAAAUCAAAACAUAUGUUUGUGACAGAGAUGCAGGUUUGAUGUUGUUGUUUCCAAUCGGUGGCAAUGUGAUAUGGCAUUACCGAAGGUGGAGGGCUAUGCCAUUGUUGAGAAAAUAGGCGCUGGAAGUUAUGCUUCAGUAUAUAAAGCGUUUAAAAAAGUUGGUGCAAGAGAGGUAGUUGCUGUGAAAUGUGUAGAUAAAUCUAGACUGAGUGGAUCUGCCAUUGAUAAUCUGGUAACAGAAAUAUCACUGCUGAAAGUCCUGAAACAUAAAAAUAUUGUUGAAAUGAAAGAUUUCAUGUGGGAUGAAAGGAACAUCUACAUUGUCAUGGAGUACUGCAAUGGUGGAGACUUGUCUUGUUUCAUACGCAAACGCAGAAAAUUACCAGAGACAGUAUGCAGGAAGUUUCUACAGCAGCUGGCUGUAGCUCUAAAAUUUCUCAGAUCUCACAAUGUCUGUCAUAUGGACUUGAAGCCACAGAAUCUUCUCCUAACAUCCACUCCAAAAUUAAUCUUAAAACUUGCAGAUUUUGGUUUUGCCCAGUACUUGUCACCUGAAGACUACAACAGCUCUCUCCGAGGUUCACCUCUGUAUAUGGCACCUGAGAUGCUGCUGAAACGUCACUACGACGCCUCUGUUGACCUGUGGUCAGUCGGUGUCAUAAUGUAUGAGUGCCUGUUUGGACGAGCACCUUAUUCAUCCAGUAAUUUUAAAGAGCUAGCAGAAAAGAUAAAGAGCGAAAUGCCUAUUGAGGUUCCUCAUGGUGGGUGCAUUUCAGAUGACUGCAGAGACCUGCUUGUUAGACUUCUUAAACAUAAUCCCUCUGAGAGGAUUGAUUAUGAGUCCUUUUUUAAUCAUCCUUUCCUUGACUUGGAACACAUGCCAUCACCAGAAUCCUAUCAGAAAGCUGUGGAGCUGGUACAAAAGGCAGUGAAAUGUGAUGCUGAACAGAAAUUCAGUGAGGCAUUUGACCUUUAUUGUGAAUCCUUGAGGUAUUUUGUUCCUCUUGUGAAUGAUGAAGAUGAUACCAAGAAAAAAAUAGCCUUUCGUAAUAAGGUAAAUGAAUAUAUAAGACGAGCAGAAGACCUGAAAACUCUUCUGUACGAGAAAGAAAACAACUGUAAACAUCCCAAGGGUCAACAUACCACAGAUGGAACUUUAGAAGAACUAAUGCGAUUGUGUGCGACAAACUCCACAAUGCAAACCGCUCUGGAAAUUGGUGCUUCUGCAGAGCAGUAUUUGAAAGAGGGCCAGUACUCACAUGCAUUGGAAAAGUUUCAGUCUUGUCUAGGUUUACUUGUGCCACUGCUGAGCAGUGAACCAAAAGGAAGAAGACGUGACCUCUUACAUACACAAGUGCAGCAGUGGUUAACACAAGCUGAAAACAUUAAGUCUUUCUUAAAUCUCAUUAGUAUUACCGAUGACACAGCAGCACUUUCUAAAGAAGCCUGUAGUAUACAAUGAAGUUCAUUUGAUGAGAACCGAUGGAGUGUUAUCUAGUUACAUCCAGCAUUCUUUUGAUACCACAAAGUAGGACACUUUAUAAAGCUUUCAGAAUUGUCACUGAUGGUAAUUCUUUGGGGAUGACAACAAUUUUCUUUGUAAGCAGUGUUUCUUUUAUACUUAUCAAGUGAAGUUUGCUGAACUGUAUUGUUCCUUCUACCUACACUGUGUUGCAAGAUACAAAACUAAUAAAUACUAAAAGUUUUAUUUAUAAAUGGUAAUAGAUUUGAAAUAUUAUAAAAAUUACUAUGAGGUGUGUCCAGCAAGCAAGUGCCAUUUCCUUCUACUGCCCUGCAGCACUAGUGUUGCAGUUCCAUGCAUCUCUCAGGUUCAUUGUCUUUCCACUGGCAUCAUUACAACUGGAUUGUGUUGUAUUUACAUUUGUUAGAGAUCAUUCAAAAUGUUUAAAGACAGUCUCUGAGGUCACAAACUGUGAAGUGCAUUCUGUAAUAUGGUUUUUUUAUCAAAAAGAAUGUUAAGCCAGCUGAAAUUUAUCAUCAGCUUGUAGACACUUAUGGUGAAAAUGUAAUGACUGGCGGAAUGGUGAGAAAGUGGGAAAUGAUUCAAUGUAACCAGUGCUCAUGACUAAGCACAGUGCAGACGGCCUCCUGUUGUCAGUGAUGGUUUGGUUGAGAAAGUGAAUGAAAAAGAUUCAUGAAAAUAAGACUAUUCACAAUGCGAAUGCUUUGUGAUUAGUUUCCUAAAAUUUCAAAAAUCGAUUUGCUUGAGAUUGUCACAAAUUGUGUACUGUUGGUUUUCGAGAACGCUUACAGAUGUCCACUAAAUGAAGUGACUUGGCAGUGCUUUGAAAUUUAUUACCUGAUACAAUGAUGAGGGAGACGAAUUCUGAAACAAUUGUGACCAGUGAUGAAACUUGGGUUUUAAUGUCGCUCUAGAACAAAAUGACGGACAACAGAUUGGAGGCAGUCAUGAUACUACAAAACAUAAAAAUUCAAAACAUUGUCAGCACGAAAAAUUGUGCACAGUGAUGUGAUAGACAGGGCAUUCUGCUUGUUGAAUUCCUUCUCAAGAUGUGAAACUGUAAAUGCGAUACAAUACGGUGAAACAUUGAGAAAA